AAUUUUUUUCAGAAGUUCUUCAACUAUAUGUCAAAUCUUAUAAACAGCAAUGUUGAGUGCUUAAAAAGAACUGAAAUACAGUUGUAGGUGUUUGCUUAGCAUAACACACAUGUGUGUGUGAUUUAAGUUUUAAAUAAUUUUCCAUACUUGAUGCGGAAGAAGAAACUUUGUAUACCACCUUGUGUGUGGAAAAAAAUAUUACUUCUCUAAUUUAUCAAAUCAAUCAAAAAUGCUACACGAAUUGUACAAGUCAAAUUUAUACUUUUUUUCUUAAAAAUGCAAUCGAAUACAAUAUAUAUAGUAGAGGAGCAGAGGAAAAGUGGGAGUAAAUCCUACCUUUUAUUAACAUACAAGGUAGGGGACCGUCGUAAUACGCGUUAAAAUAACACUCGAGCUUCUUCAAAUGUGGAUUCAUUUGCGUCACAUUUGUAAGCUUCGCGGGCACUUUAGUUUCACGGGGAAUGUCGUUUAGCUUGAAUGUUUGUGUCGUUUAUAUAUUGAAAUGCAACGCAACUUUAUUAUUAAACGUGCAUGUUUUAAAGAUUAACAUUUAAAUAUAUGUUGGACACAAUCUUGUGAAAGAUUUGUAAGGUGCUUAUUUUACAUAUUUAUAUUUAUGUGAAUUAUCUCUAGGUAAAUCCUUUGGAUUUGAAGUAUAAAUCAGUUAUUGAAUUUCGGAUUUAAUAAGUUACUCAGCUAGUAAUCAACUGAAAAUGAAGAAAAUAACAAAUGAAGUGAAAAUGAAAAAAUAGAAAGUAUUCGUUGUCAUUUUUAUCCCAUAAAUCCGAGUACUUUUCAUUCAAUGUAUCUUGGGUGGAUAAUGCGUACAUCUUCUAUCAGAGUCGACGGAAUGUUGUUGAUAUUCUUGUUAUCUUUUUGUGCAAUUACUAUUCAUGGAUUAAUUUUCCAACAAGCUCUGAAUAUUGCUGAAUGCUUAGUGGCAUGUAAAAAUGAGUCAUGUCGAGACAGUUGUCCGCAACCUACGGAUAAAUUUGAGCCGUCUCCGACAAUAAACGAAGAAGCUAAUGCAAACGUUAGUUUGCACUGCAGAGGAACAAACUCGCUAAUAAUUAAACAUACUCCUGGGAUCUAUGUUAUUGAACAAAUCGUUUCUGCUGAUGCAUGGGAUAUAACUAUAGUGAGUAAUGGCGAAUUAUCGGCAUUUUCAAAUUUAACAGCGGACACGCGUUAUCGUUAUCGUUUAUACAGAUUAACACAAAAUGGAGUUUCAUUAGCCGAAACGUCGGAUUGGUUUUCAACUUAUGCAGUUGAUUAUGAACCACGCAAAAUUGAUCACAUUUUACUUUCAAAGAUCCAGGAACAAAGUAAAAAUGUGUGUGAAUUACAAGCGGAAAUUAUUUUUGAGCCUGCUGAAGAUCGAAGCUGCAAUUACAAUGUAUUAUUUUGGGCCGGGGAACAUAACUUGAUCAAUUUUGAGUUAAGAAAGUCUUUAGAUUUCCGCUUUUUUCUCAGACAUUUACGAUACGAGCAAAACAAUAGCGUAUCGAUCCAAUCGGGUAAUGAUAACUUUUCGAAAAUCAGUAAUGCAACGACAUUUACUUUUGUUACACCAUCAUGCUUGGAAGUUCACCGCAAUUUAAGUAUCUGCGCACCUGAAAAAGUAAAGGGUUUGCAAGUAAAGCAUAUUCGAAGACAUCAAGGAUUAUACGAUAUCGCAGUCAGCUGGAAUGAACCCAUUUUACAACCGGACAAUUACACAUUACAAUUUGAUUCGUUUCGAUAUGAACCGCAUCUGUUGACUGUAUCUGGAGACGCACUCGAAGCUUUCUUCCUGAAUGUCGAAGUAGAAUCGCAAUAUGAAAUCAGUAUCGUAGCAGAAUCAAUGGGUGGCAUAAGUUUACAGUCAACUGUAUCGGGAAAUAUCGAUGAAGUAAUAGCAUUACCGGCAUUAAUAAUCAUUACGGUGGUAUUUGGGGUGAUUUGUAUGCAGCAUCGUAAAAAGAAGAAUAAACAAAUUAACAUGGAAUAUAUGCAUUUUGAGGAUUCUAUAGAUUCUCUAAAGAAACCUUUAAAACGAGAUUACGCAAUCGAGAAUAAAGAUAUUCUUUUGCCAUACGAUAAAUUUGAGCUUAAUUCACAAAAGUUGAAACUUAAAGGUGUGUUGGGCAGUGGAGCGUACGGUAUUGUUAGACUUGCCUCGUUUCAAGAUGAAUUCGGCGUUAUGACAGAUGUAGCUGUUAAAAUGAUGAAAGACGAUCCAACGGUAGAGGAUAUAAAAAGCUUUCAACAAGAAAUUUCAAUAAUGAGGUCCGCUGGUCAGCAUCCGAACAUAGUAUCUUUAAUCGGAUAUUGCACUUUAUAUAAUAAACCUUUACUAGUAGUGGAGUAUUGCAGUAAGGGAGAUCUGCAAACGUAUUUAAGAACGAUUUGGCAGAAUUUAGUAAAUGCCGUAUUCGAACGUAGGACACAUUUGAAAUUCGAACCGCUGUCCUUUGCCAAUAAAGGCAGAUAUCAAGGAAAGAGCGAAUCUUUUUGUGAGGGCGCACGCACAAUCACCAAUCGCUUAUAUGAUAUUCAACAAGAUGUAAUAAAAUACACAGAGAAUGUUACUUCCGCUGAUUUACUGAAUUUCGCUAGACAAGUAGCCACAGGAAUGGAAUUCUUAUCUUCCAAUCGGAUAGUACAUCGUGAUUUGGCUGCUCGUAAUGUAUUAGUGCGAUCGGAUAGAGUGGUGAAAAUUUCAGAUUUUGGUCUGAGUCGCGAUAUCUAUCAAGAGAAUGUUUAUCGAAAGAAGGGAAAUGGUAAAUUACCUUUAAAAUGGAUGGCGAUCGAGGCUUUAACGCAUCAAAUAUAUACUACUUAUAGCGAUGUAUGGGCUUUUGGCAUUUUGUUGUGGGAAAUAAUCACCUUAGGUGCCAUGCCAUAUCCUGGGACUCCCACAAAUAGAAUUUUACAACUUCUAAAAUCUGGAUAUCGAAUGGAAAGACCACCAAACUGCGGUCGAGAACUAUAUGAUAUAAUGUAUUCGUGUUGGAAUCUGAGACCGCAAAGUAGACCGACUUUUACCGAAUUGAAACAAAGCUUAGACAAAUUGCUCAGUAAUUAUUCAGAAAAUAAAUACUUGAAUCUAUAUGAGAUUCUACAUGAAUCAGCUGACGAAAUAAACAAGGCAAGAUCGCUCAAUGCAUAAAUAGAAUUAAAAUAAUAGUAUUAUAAUAAUAAUAGAAGCAGCACAAGUAUAUUAAUUAACUCGUCAAAUUAUGUGAUUCAAAAUAUUCAUAUCAUGUGCAAAAUCGUUUAUUUUCUAAUCAUAUAUAUGAUAAUCUGUGGUAAAUUCUUUCCUAUACAUGUGUAUUUACAAUAUGUUGUUUACAAUUUUGAAAAUUUUGAGAUAAAACAUCAACUUAACUAAAGCUCUUUCAUUCGCAGUUAAAUUAACAAAUUCUUUAUACACAAUACAGUGCAAUAUAUUUAAAAGUGGUGGUAACUUAUUAAUGUAAUAUACAUUAUUCUCACCAUUUUUUUUAAAGAUAGGAUCGACGAGUCAUGCGCACAGAUAAAAUACUACUAAUUAUAUAUCUUAUUAUCAUUACCAAAUGUAAACAGAAAAAUCUUAAUUAUUACUUCA